AUGAACGGGGUUAAUCUUAGCAGCCCAGCAGGUUUUAUCUUACUGGGCUUUUCUGACCAGCCCCGGCUGGAGCUCGUCCUUCUUCUGGUCAUUGCUACCAUCUACAUUCUAACACUGCUGGGUAAUACAACAAUCAUCCUCAUCUCCUACCUGAACCCCAAACUCCACACGCCCAUGUACUUCUUCCUGUCCAACCUCUCCUUCCUGGACCUCUGUUUCACUACCAGCAUCAUCCCGCAGAUGCUUUGGAAUCUCAAGGGUCCAGAGAAGAUCAUCAGCUACACUGGCUGUGUGAUCCAGUUGUACAUGCUUUCGGGGCUGGGCUCUACCGAGUGUGUCCUGCUGAGUGUGAUGGCUUAUGACCGCUUCAAUGCCAUCUGCCGCCCCCUCCACUAUGAUGUUAUCAUGCACCCAAAGCUCCUCCAGCAACUAGCAGCCCUGGCCUGGAUCAGUGGUUUUGUGGAGUCCACCGUGCAGACCAGCCUUGUUUUCCAGUUGCAUCUCUGCAGUCACCAUAGAGUGGACGAUUUUAUGUGCGAAGUGCCUGCCCUGAUUCAAAUAGCCUGUGAGGAUGCAACCUUCCUGGAAAGUGAACUCUCCAUAGCUACUGUCUUGUAUGUGGUAAUGCCUCUGGGGCUCAUUCUGGUCUCCUAUGGCUGCAUUGUUAGGAGUGUGCUGAAGAUAAAGCUCACAGAAGGCAGGAGGAAGGCAUUUGGGACAUGCGGGUCCCACCUGAUAGUUGUGACCUUGUUCUUUGGGACGGUAAUUUGUGUCUAUAUUCAACCCAAGAGCAAGUACACACAGAAUCAUAAAAGAUUUCUCACCCUUUUCUAUUCUAUAGUGACACCUUCACUUAAUCCUUUGAUCUACACCUUGAGAAACAAAGAAGCUAAAUGGGCAAUAAAAAGGUUACUGGCAAGAGAACCAACUUAA